AUGUCCGCCGCUGAAGAGGAAACUAUCGCUGAAACCGGCGACGAUCUCUUGGUCGACGACCUUCCCGAAGGACUUAUCGAUGACCUCGCGAGCUCCCCUGACCACCCUGCUGCGAAGAAGCCCUGCAUGGACCCCGGAGCUGGCCCUGCUAGCUUCAACUCCCCCUCUACCUCCUCCGAUUCGGCGCUGGCGCAGCCCGCGCCGUCUCCCGUGCUCCUCGCUGCUGCUGCUGCUCCCACGGCGACUCAGCAAGGCCCUGCGCCCUCUCUGGCAGCAACAGCUGCCGCCCCCAACGGCCCGGUUCUUCGCGCUGCUGCCUACGCAACGGUCGCCUCCGGCGCUAACCCGGCCCCCGCGCUGCCCGCCUCGCUCUUUGCCUCAUCCGUGCCCGGUGGACCCCCCCGCAACCUCCGCCGCGCGCGCACUUCCGCAGCCACCCCGAUGCUCCUUCCCCUCCGCCGCCGCGUGGUAGUCACGAUCCUCCUCCCGGAGGCUAUUUUGGAGUCGCAUCGCACGGAAAUCCUCGCCGGGAUCAACGCGCAGCUAUGCGGCUUCAUGUUUGAUUCGGGCAUCAUCCCCCCCUUCGAGCACACCGUUGGCGAAUCCCUCCGCGUGGCUCGCCACGUGUACGGCCGCCUGCUUUUCUCUUGGCCGUCGCAGGAAGAUGCUGCGGUUUUUCGCAAGAUUUUUCCCCUCAUGCUGAAAAUCUCCAACUCCCGCCCCGUCAUGUUGAAGGUUUUUGUUGAUCGUUCUGAAGUUUUUACCGCGGCAAAGGCAGCGGGCGCCCCUACCCUUUCCAUCCGAAACGUCCCCCUGGAGAUCGAUCCGGAGGAGCUUCGUGCCUUCCUCCUCGGAUCCACCGAGGAGGACGGUUCGCAUUGGCUCGCGGACCUGAUUGAAUUUCACCGCGCUUCCGAUCCCUACGAGAACACCUUUUUCACCCACCUCGCAGGGCUCCCGGUCGCCACCCCCGAUGACCCGAAUUUCGAGCGUAUCCCGUCCGAAAUCCUGCUGGAGGAGAACAAACCAGCUAUGCUGCUCAACUUCUCCUGCCACGUGUGCACGCUGUGCGGCAACAACCACCGCGCACCGGACCACGAGACUUUCGCUGCCCGCCGCCGAGGACGCCUCACGAACAAGAACACAAUCUCAAUUGCUCAGCUGCAGCAGGCAAAUGAGCCCCCGCCCCCCACUGCCUUGCUGUCCCCCCCCCGCAAGGUCGUCUGGGCCCCUGCCACCCCUACUUUCAUUCUGCCCCUACCCACUCCCCUCGUUCCCUCCCUUCUCACCCCUCUCCCUGUGCCAGCUGCCCCCCCUUACCCUGACUUCCCCUCCAUCACCCACCCCUCCCUUACAGCUCCCCACCCCCCGGCCUUCCAUGUUGUGGGGCUCCCACUCAACCCCUCUUCCCCCCCACGCCACCCCCCCCUCCCUGCUCUUCCCAACACAUGCAGGCAAGCCCCCCCCCAUGGACGCUCAGUCCCUGUCACCUCUGUACCCUCCUCUCCCCCCCCUACAGUCGGGACUCCGCCCAUCCUCACGAACCCCCCAUAUCCCCACUCCCCCCACGCAAUCUCCGUAUCGCGAAAUCCCUUUUUCACCCAUGUUCCCCCACCCCCUGCCCCUUCCCACGUCAACGCCCCCCCACACAACACUCCUGCCCCUUCCCCCUCUGAGGACAGUACCCCGCCCUCCCACAAGCUCGCCCCCCACCCGCACCCUCCUCCCACUAGCAGACUGGACCCUCUCACGGUUCCCCCCUUUCUGCCCCCUCCCGACACUCCUCCCAUGGUCCCUCCAGAGGGCGGGCCCCCUGCCCAACCCUAUGCUAGCAUGGAGACGCUCCCCCCCCCCUGCCCUAUCCCCCCCUUUUUCAACCAGCACUCCUCUUUGCUCCCCCCACCCCCCGACUUCCCCCCACACCUCCUCUCCCCCGAUUCCCCUCCUCUCCCCCCCCUACCCUCAAUCUCGCCUCCCCCCCCCUCCCUCACUCCUUUCACCCCCCUCCUCACUUUCUUCACCCCCUACACAUUCAGGGACCCAUCUGCAACCGCCCCCUGUGCUAUGACCGGGCUGCCCGACUCCCACCGAGGCUCUCCCCCUCUGCCAACAGCCCUCUCCCCCCGGUCUCUCCCACAUUGCUUUCGCGCAGGCCAAUCCACCCCCCUCUGGUUCCUUCUCCCCCCCCCGCCUGGACCCCCGAACACCCCCGCCCCUCCCCUGCGCCUCCCCCCCCUCCCUGCACCUCCCUCCACCCGCAGCCAACCAGGCCACAUAGUCUCCCCCCCCUCGGCCUUCACCCCCACGUCCCCCUCCUCCCUGACUCCCCCUACCCGCCCCUCAUCCACCCCCUCCAACGACCCCGGCCUCCUCUACAUUGGGCUGGGCGAUUGGAUCGAAUACUGGACCUGCACUCUCUGCGACUUCACCUGCGGCGCUGCCCUCGACAGCGCCAUGGAGCAUAUCCACUCCGACCUGCACGUCACCCGCGUGAAGGCCUCCGCUCACCGCCCGGCUGCCAAGGAAGAAUUUGGCCCCUGGCGCGCACUCACCCUGCUGCAGCAGAAGCCCCCGGUGGCUGCCUUCCUUCGCGGUCGCCCUUAG